CUCUCUCUCUCUCCUCUCCCCCCCGUCCGCUCUCUCUCUCUCUAGGGUUUUUCCCCACUUCGCUUUGCUUCCCCACCUGCUCUCUCUCUCUCUCGUCCCCAUCACCGUCGCCAUCACCUCUCUCUCUCUCUCUCCCCUCGGCUCCAAUGGCGGACGCCGACGCUAACACCCAGCCCCCCGACGCCGCGGCGUCCCCGAUCGCCUCGAUCUCCCCCUCCUCCGUCGGCGCCGCGGACGCCGACGCCGACGCGAUCGAGAAGCAGCUCGCCGGGCUGGGCAUCGCCGUCGCUGGCGGGGGCGGGUUCCCGGGGCCCUCGGGAUGGGACGACGUCCCCGUCCCUGUCCCCGUCGCCGUCGGCGGCGGCGAUGAAGUCGCCGCCGAGAAGGUGCGGGGGCCACCGCCGGCGCCGGCGGGGGCGGCGGAUGGCAAGGUGCGCUUCCCACGCCGGCCCGGGGAGCCGGACUGCAGCUUCUACGUCAAGUUCGGCAGCUGCCGCUUCGGGAUCAAGUGCAAAUUCAACCACCCGUCGCGGAAGAAGAAAAGCAACAGGGCGCGAGGGAGUGGGAGCAGCGUGAGCGGGAGCAACAGCAGCAGCAAUAAAACAUCUUCGCCUGAUGAUGAUCAGGCUCCUAGAGAAGAAUACGAAGGCCUUGUUCCAGAUAUUUCAGAUUCUGUGAGCUUUCAUGAUAAGGGGAGUUCAUCUAACUCAGGAAAUCAUAGGAAGACGUCAUAUGAGGUUAUUGAUAUGAAGAAGGGGAGAAUGGAGUCAAAGGAAAAGAUUGCAGAAGAGCUUGAAAAGGGGGUGUAUUUCAAGAAGUUAGAUGAGACAAAUAUCACAAACCAGAAGAUUUUGAAGGGUGUCAAGGAUAAAAGAAAGGAAACCUUUUCGGAAGGGAGUCCUCAGGAGGAAUGCAAGUACUAUUCAACACCAGGUGGAUGCAAAUUUGGUACAGCUUGCAAGUACCUCCACCGUGAGGGAAGAGAAGGGAAAGCAGAGGUUGAAAAGGUCGAACUGAAUUUUCUUGGUCUUCCACUGCGACCAGGUGAAAAGGAGUGCCCGUUCUAUAUGCGCACUGGGAGCUGCAAAUUUGCCACUAACUGCAAAUUUCACCACCCAGAUCCUAGUAAUGUCGCUUCAAAAGAACCAGUUUUGGAACAUGAGAAUGGGGAUAAUCCACAGCAAAAUGUCCAAGGACCCUCUCAGCCAAGUGUUCCGAUAUGGCCUGAACAGAGAGCAUUGAAUGAGCAACAUGUUCCUUUUCUAGCUCCAGCGCCAUCGUACAGUGCAGGAAUGAUUCCACCUCAAGGAAUGUAUCCCUCUCCUGACUGGACUGGGUAUCACCAGGUUCCUGUGAAUCCAUAUUAUCCUCCUGGGGUCCCUUUUCCGCAUUUUCCAGCUCCUCAUAUGAAUCACCCGAUGUAUAAGGCUGCUGAUAUACCAGGACAUCAGCAACUACCUUCUGAUGAAUAUCCAGAGAGACCUGGCCAACCAGAAUGCCAGCAUUUUGUUAAGAGUGGUUUCUGCAAAUACAGGAUGAAAUGCAGAUUUCACCAUCCAAGAUCGUGCCAGCCUGCACCGCUAACAGGUCUUAGCCCUAUCGGCCUGCCUAUCAAACCUGACCAACCUGUGUGCACAUACUAUGGUCGCUUCGGUGUUUGCAAGUAUGGCCCAGCUUGCAUGUUCAACCACCCCUUCAACUUCGGGCCUCCCAUACCGGCAGCAGGGCCACCCCUCCCUGGCCAAUACCACCCCACACCUGGAAACUUCACCGUCUAGUGGGCAUGGAGACGAGCGAUUUAUCAGAGGUCGCCGCGAGUGCCUGUAAUAACUUCAACCUGUAAAAUAGCUGCAAGUGGCUGGCGGUAGAGAUCCAGCUUGCAAAUCGCAACGAAGUUGCACGAAGCUGGGUACAUUGCCUUUGGAUUCAUGGAAAACUACCUGAACCUGUUGAGACAGUACUGUAAACUUUAAGCUGUACAGCAAGUUACAGUUCGUACAUAACUGCCGUUGGGCUUAGAAUCCCUGUUUCUGUUUGCAUGUUUUGGUAGCAUAUAAACUGAUACAAGGACCUUAGUCAAAAUAAUUGGUGGUGGGUUGUGGUUUUCAGCUUU